UUUUCCUUCUUUUGAAUGGUUGUUUUGGAGAAAGGGAUGCCGGCUAUUCAGUUGGGCUUUGCAGAAGUCCCCGAGGAGCCUCUGACGUACUCCUUGGAUGACUAUCCAAACAAGAUUGGAGGGAAACCAUUUUGGUUAAACCCAUCCAAAUACCUAUCUUGGACGGAUGUGGUUUGUAGUGUUUGUAAUAAAGUCAUGGUCCUCCUCGUUCAGUUUUAUACACCAGAGGAUGAACCGCCCGAAGCAUACCACCGCGUAAUCUAUCUAUUCUGUUGCCGAGACGGGAAAUGUCAUAAAACGGACUGGAAGGGGUGUUUCAAAGUGUAUCGAAGCCAGUUGGGGGAAUGGAAUCCGUACUAUAACCCUGGUGAAGGAAUGCAAGUGGAUUCAGUGCAAGCACCCCAAUGCACAGUCUGCGGCCUCGAAGCUCCCAAAACAUGUUCAAAAUGCAAAAAAGUACACUACUGCUGCCGAGAGCAUCAAUUAGUGGAUUGGACGGGAGGACACAAGGCCAUCUGCGGGACUGACAAGAACACCAUCCCAUCCACUACUCAUCUCUUUCCGGAAUUUGAAUUGGUAUCCGAGGAUGAACCAGAGGCUGAACCCGUUCCAACAUCCAUACCAACACUACCGACACCAGACACAACAUCUGAACAACACCAAGAAGAAUACGAGGAAACAUCCGUGGACGUUGAUAAACCCUUUCUCAAAUUCCAGAAACGCAUCUCCCGCUCCCCUUCCCAAGUCAUUCGAUACGCCCGUGUUUCGUAUUCGACGGAUCCUACACCCCUUUACGUCGCUUCCACCCUCCCACCUCCCAUCCCCCCCUGUCCAUGCUGCAACCAACCCCGCACAUUCGAAUUUCAAGUCAUGCCCCAAAUGCUAAAUGUACUCGACAUUAACCACUAUGAUGAACAUGCCCUCGAUUGGGGAACGGUGAUUGUGUAUUCGUGUGCAGGGAAUUGUUGGGGUGAGGAGGUGUUUAGGGAGGAGGUGGUGUGGAGGCAAAUGUUUUCAGAGGAGGGGAUGGGGGAUGCUGCGCGGAGGGCUUUAGAGGGGAAGGCAUAAGAGUUUGUUUCUUUAUCAUUUCCAUUAAUUUAAUAGAUCAGUUUCUGCAUUGCCACGUACGAACCGACAUCGGAUGUUCUUCGUAGAGAGGGCGUUUGUCCCAUUUUCAUAAUAUUCCUCGUGUG